AGUUUAUGUAAUAUUAUAUUAACAAUAUCACACAGCCUAGAUAACUACCGUAAUUAGUAACGUUACAUCCAGUGUGUCGACUACUCUCGUUCAGUGACAGUGUGUACAGAUAAGUAGUUUAUGUAAUAUUAUAUUAACAAUAUCACACAGCCUAGAUAACUACCGUAAUUAGUAACGUUACAUCCAGUGUGUCGACUACUCUCGUUCAGUGACAGUGUGUACAGAUAAGUAGUUUAUGUAAUAUUAUAUUAACAAUAUCACACAGCCUAGAUAACUACCGUAAUUAGUAACGUUACAUCCAGUGUGUCGACUACUCUCGUUCAGUGACAGUGUGUACAGAUAAGUAGUUUAUGUAAUAUUAUAUUAACAAUAUCACACAGCCUAGAUAACUACCGUAAUUAGUAACGUUACAUCCAGUGUGUCGACUACUCUCGUUCAGUGACAGUGUGUACAGAUAAGUAGUUUAUGUAAUAUUAUAUUAACAAUAUCACACAGCCUAGAUAACUACCGUAAUUAGUAACGUUACAUCCAGUGUGUCGACUACUCUCGUUCAGUGACAGUGUGUACAGAUAAGUAGUUUAUGUAAUAUUAUAUUAACAAUAUCACACAGCCUAGAUAACUACCGUAAUUAGUAACGUUACAUCCAGUGUGUCGACUACUCUCGUUCAGUGACAGUGUGUACAGAUAAGUAGUUUAUGUAAUAUUAUAUUAACAAUAUCACACAGCCUAGAUAACUACCGUAAUUAGUAACGUUACAUCCAGUGUGUCGACUACUCUCGUUCAGUGACAGUGUGUACAGAUAAGUAGUUUAUGUAAUAUUAUAUUAACAAUAUCACACAGCCUAGAUAACUACCGUAAUUAGUAACGUUACAUCCAGUGUGUCGACUACUCUCGUUCAGUGACAGUGUGUACAGAUAAGUAGUUUAUGUAAUAUUAUAUUAACAAUAUCACACAGCCUAGAUAACUACCGUAAUUAGUAACGUUACAUCCAGUGUGUCGACUACUCUCGUUCAGUGACAGUGUGUACAGAUAAGUAGUUUAUGUAAUAUUAUAUUAACAAUAUCACACAGCCUAGAUAACUACCGUAAUUAGUAACGUUACAUCCAGUGUGUCGACUACUCUCGUUCAGUGACAGUGUGUACAGAUAAGUAGUUUAUGUAAUAUUAUAUUAACAAUAUCACACAGCCUAGAUAACUACCGUAAUUAGUAACGUUACAUCCAGUGUGUCGACUACUCUCGUUCAGUGACAGUGUGUACAGAUAAGUAGUUUAUGUAAUAUUAUAUUAACAAUAUCACACAACCUAGAUAACUACCGUAAUUAGUAACGUUACAUCCAGUGUGUCGACUACUCUCGUUCAGUGACAGUGUGUACAGAUAAGUAGUUUAUGUAAUAUUAUAUUAACAAUAUCACACAGCCUAGAUAACUACCGUAAUUAGUAACGUUACAUCCAGUGUGUCGACUACUCUCGUUCAGUGACAGUGUGUACAGAUAAGUAGUUUAUGUAAUAUUAUAUUAACAAUAUCACACAACCUAGAUAACUACUGUAAUUAGUAACGUUACAUCCAGUGUGUCGACUACUCUCGUUCAGUGACAGUGUGUACAGAUAAGUAGUUUAUGUAAUAUUAUAUUAACAAUAUCACACAACCUAGAUAACUACCGUAAUUAGUAACGUUACAUCCAGUGUGUCGACUACUCUCGUUCAGUGACAGUGUGUACAGAUAAGUAGUUUAUGUAAUAUUAUAUUAACAAUAUCACACAGCCUAGAUAACUACCGUAAUUAGUAACGUUACAUCCAGUGUGUCGACUACUCUCGUUCAGUGACAGUGUGUACAGAUAAGUAGUUUAUGUAAUAUUAUAUUAACAAUAUCACACAACCUAGAUAACUACUGUAAUUAGUAACGUUACAUCCAGUGUGUCGACUACUCUCGUUCAGUGACAGUGUGUACAGAUAAGUAGUUUAUGUAAUAUUAUAUUAACAAUAUCACACAGCCUAGAUAACUACCGUAAUUAGUAACGUUACAUCCAGUGUGUCGACUACUCUCGUUCAGUGACAGUGUGUACAGAUAAGUAGUUUAUGUAAUAUUAUAUUAACAAUAUCACACAGCCUAGAUAACUACCGUAAUUAGUAACGUUACAUCCAGUGUGUCGACUACUCUCGUUCAAGUGAGAACGUGUGGUAGCAGUGAAUCAUGUUCAAGGUCUGAGGAGGAUAACUACCGUAAUUAGUAACGUUACAUCCAGUGUGUCGACUACUCUCGUUCAGUGACAGUGUGUACAGAUAAGUAGUUUAUGUAAUAUUAUAUUAACAAUAUCACACAGCCUAGAUAACUGCCGUAAUUAGUAACGUUACAUCCAGUGUGUCGACUACUCUCGUUCAGUGACAGUGUGUACAGAUAAGUAGUUUAUGUAAUAUUAUAUUAACAAUAUCACACAACCUAAUUGCUGUAAAUGCGGUGGAUAAUAAAAAUGUAUAAACUUCUCAUCGGAAUAUUGGUAGCACAUUUUAUUAAUUCUGAAAAUAACUGAACUUGCACCUCUUGUAGUUGUAUCUGUUCUCAUCUUACUUUCAAAACGCCGUAAAGAAGGCCCUAGAAUAAUGUGGUAGUAUAAAACGUAAAAGCAACGUGUAAAGCAGCUUUUAAAACAUUAGUUGUUUAUCAAUGUUUUUAUAUGGAAGGGUUUCAUUUAACACUUUAAUUUAUUGUUUUCUAUAUCAAGUAUUUAUAUCGAAAACAAGUAAAUUGUGAUAUAAUAAUAAUAAUAAUAAUAAUAAUAACAAUCAAAAACCGUAAGUGUGUGUCAAAUGUUAAACAUUACAUUGUUAGUCUUUCCAUUGCAUCACAGGUCAGAGGAGUUUGAGCGUUAACAGCCAAAUUAUGAUCUAAAUGUAAUCCGUGGACUAAGACAAGGCAGAGAACGCCGCCCACCACGUUACGAGUCGCAUAAUAGAUCUCGUAUAUGACAAUAAAGAAAGGAUAUGACAACACAAAGCUUAUCACUACAGGAGUCUGUAUGUCUCUAAUACGGUAUCUCGAUAACUAACGUAUACAAAUGAAGCCAUGUACGCGUACGUCAAGCCACAAUUCUGCAUAAGCAACACUGAGUUCGAUUAUGCUACUUGUCACACCAUGGGAUUUGGCCGAGCUUUAGCGAACAUUUUUGCAUUAUUCUUAUAGCUAACCAUGAUGGCAACGAGAAAAUAGCAGCAUAAUAAAUGUGUAAACAAUCACACCACACUCAUUUGAUAUUUUAACAUAUGAAAUAUUAACACAUAAAUCCUAACAAUCCUAACACAUAUAACACAAUUUUAUACUUAAUCAGCGUGUAAAAAUGUAUUGUUGAAACACUGAAGGAAACCUAACGUAAUCAACAAAGAUGUGAAUAGAUCAUGUGGCAUGAUAUCUCGAGAAAGAUUUCACCUGUGGAAUUAAAAUGUUGCAUCAUACUUUAUUUCUACAUAGCCAUCGAUGAGUUCUAUAAUGGUGCAUGUUCAACCAUGGACUUUGGUUCAGCGUCGUUGAAUGCUGACACGUUAUCUUUAUUUUGCCGAGAAAAGUACAAAUCCCUUUACUGUAUGACAUUAUGUCGUUCUGCCUGACAAUAAUGAAAUGAACUAUAGACACGAAACAUUGCAAUUAACCUCUUCGAAGCUGUGGUAUGGCGUACUCUAACUUUGUCAUACGCAAUACAAGAGUGACGAGAGCGCCUCGUGUUGAUCUGAUACAGUUGGCUGUGAAUCACAACUAGCCGGGAAGUACAGACAGGAGGCUCGUCAUCGGGUUAUCAAUAGAAGAGCAAUUGGAUAAUCGCAUGUGCGAAGCGACUGCAGUUCUCUCAGACGUCAUCGUACCUCGCUCCACAACUGAGUUGUCAAGAUACGAGCGCCAUCCCGUGAAGAAAUAAUCUGCAGUCAGCCUUACUGUUCAACAAGUGACAUACUAUGUCUUACUUGAAGGGGCCGGAUGUUGAGAAGGCACUUCCCCACUUCCGGCGGAACAUUUCCGUUCUUGACCUGUUGGAGGCGUCUCUUCGUAAAGGUGGAGAUGCAACUGUAGUGGUCGAGGGACAGACAGGGAAGACUGCGAGUUUCGCGGAUAUUCUGCAGCAAAGUACCGCCGCGGCUGCAGGACUGCAAAGCGCUGGUAUAUCUGCAGGAGACUACAUAGUGUUGUGCUGUGACAAGAGCAUAUUGUCAUACUCGCUACUGCUGGGCAUCAUGUUCACUGGAGCUACUGCUGUUCUCUGCCCUCCUGGAAAGGCGGAUAUUAUACACGAGAUGACGAAAGGGCACCGAGUGAAAGCUGCAUUCUUUCACAAGAAGUAUUCUGAACUAGUGAAGGCGUCUCUGAGCAGCAUGGAUACCCCACCUUCGCUGGUGGCCGUCAUCGACUCGGAAGAUCCUCAGAUGAAUGCCAUCAUCACCUCAGAGGAGGAGUGUGUCACGUACAAAGUGCUCAACCCAGAGGAACACGUUUCCAUCAUUCUGUUCUCCAGUGGAACCACGGGUGAACCUAAGGGCAUACAGAUGUCAGACACUGCGAUCACGCUCAUGGGAGUCUUAUUCGCACCGCAUGUAAAAACUCUGUUUAACGCAUCUCCUUUCUACUGGCAUACGGGUGUGAUGACUCACGUAUCUCCAAUUCUUAACAGUAUAAACGUCAGAAACCUUGUUUGGUUACAGAUUCGCACCGCAUGUAAAAACUCUGUUUAACGCAUCUCCUUUCUACUGGCAUACGGGUGUGAUGACUCACG